CGAACCCUAGUAGCCGUACCAUGUCGUCUCUGCUGCGCUCGCCAAGCAUCCGCCGCGCUCUCUCGGCGGCCUCACCUGGGGGGCCACAGGGAGCUUCCUUCCUCCGUGCCCCAUCAGCAGUAGCCGCCGCCAUCGGAGGAGAGGGAGGAGCCACCAUCCGCCGCGGUCUUGGCCUCCCCACUGUGCCGCGCCGCCACCUCAGCGCACCUCAGCAGAACCGCCACCUUACUGCUACUGCCGUCGAUCAGUGUGAUGCGCUGUAUGAGGAGGUUCGAGCAACGAAGGUUUCGUUACUGGAAAAAGAUCUCCUUGAGCGCAUCAUUGAAAGCUGCUCGAAUGCUUGCUGUGAGUUUGCCCAGAAGGAUAAGUGGAGGACAAGGAUGAUUUGUGCUGCAACAUUGGGUGGCUUCUUUGCUGGAUCUUGGAUGAGAACGAGGAAGAUGGAUAAUGAGAGAGGGCUUAGGAAUGAGGACCAACCAGGGAACGGAGCUGACGAGAACCUCCUGGAAUAA